AUGGUCUCCUCGGGAUGGGACCUACUCCAAAUGACAGGACAAGAGCGCCAGGGUGAAGCCAAAGAAGCUGAAUUGAUAUCGAACAAGGACUUUUGGCAGCCAAUGAUCAGCAAGGGUGCUCGUUUAGCACGAUUUUUGAACACGAAGGAAUCUGCACACUCAGUAAUCUCAAAACUUAUCCCAGAUCCUCCCAUUGUUCUACAGAUUCAACACGAACUUGUGGAAGAUGGGAAAGACCUCGCAGACACGGCUGCGGGUGUGACAGUCAACGAGGAACUUGCUAAGCUUCAAGCCAAAUAUGAACACCAGCUAAAGGAGAUCCGCGAAGACAUGACUACUGCACUGAAGGAUAAAGACGAGGAGAUGAGAGGAAUUCUCGACGAAGAACGAGCCAAGUUAGAAAGACUGCGUGAUGAAGCACGGCGAGCCCAGGACAGUCUACGGUAUGCACAACGCAAUGCUCAGCGCCGGCAUGAAAGUGAACUGCAAGACUUGCGACUGGCACUCGAAGAGAGUAGGAAGGAGUCCAUGUCACAACGCGAAAAAGACCAGCGAGCGCUGAUGGAGUUGCAGGCCUCCAAAAUCGCCGAUAAACUGGAAUUCAACGACCUCGUUGCUCAGCUCAGAAAGCAAAUGCAGACUUUACGACGGGAGGAACAAACAGCGAUAGAGACGGAGAUUGUACAAGCUGAGCAAGAGCUGGCAGCCGAGGAAGCCGCAUUGAAACCACAGAAGCCCAAUUUAGAUCAGAAAGCCAAACUUGCUAAAAAGGAAAAGAGGAAGAAGAGAGCCUUCAAACUAGCCAUGAAUGUUGCAGGUGUCGUGGGUUCCGUUACGAUGAGCGCGUUGGGUCUUGGUUUCCUUUCGGGACCCUUGCAAGGAUUGAUUGAUUUCAACGGAUCCAAAGAUGAGCAGGCUCCAGCUGGUGAUGAGCCUCCGGCGUACGAAGGGUAA